UGGACUACAACAUUAGAUGAAGUUAUAGUGUAUCCUAUUCCAGCAGCACUUUACCUUGUCAAAAAUUUGCUUCAGUAUUACAUCUUUGCAUAUGUAGACGCUCCAGGCUAUCAGAUAUUACAGAACUUCAAUAUCAUCAGUACAGGUGUCCUAUACAGAAUUAUACUUAAGAAAAAAGGCUCACCUAGGGCACCAAGAUCAAUUAGGAACAGGAUAGUAUCCUCAGAUUCAAAACACAAAGUCAAUGGAAAAGCUGUUAUGAAAUCAAGAUAUGUAUCCACUGCUACUGAAUGCAUGACUAGUUCGAUUUCUCCAAAUGGCUCACCCGCCUUAGAGACUAUCUAUUCGAAGUUUCACCACCUGAGAAGGAUUUUGGAAGAAGACUCAUCAAGUGAUAAUUCAUCCCUUAUCAGCAGCAAUUCUGAUGAAGGUUCUUGCAGUACUGAUAGCACAUGUGAAUCAACUAGUACUGAUGACUUUGCAGAUUAUAUUUUUGGUGAUUUGGGACGUGGCUGGUGUGGCAAGCUGAGAAAUUCUGAUUCUGACACUUCCUCUGCAUUGCCAUCAAUUUUCAAUUAUUUGAUCCCAUGUCGAUCUAUGUACCUUGUAUAUAAGUUUAAAGAUGGUGUAAUAAUAAAGUGUGCACAAGUUACUAACCAUUUGAAUCCUGUAACAUGGUUUUUGGCAUAG